AUGGCAGACACAGGCUGGAGAAACAAAACGUCCAUCACGGAGUUCAUCCUCCUGGGAUUCGGGAAGGUCCCUGCACUACAGAUCCUUCUCUUCCCUUUGUUCCUAAUGAUCUAUAUGGCAACAGUGGCUGGGAACAUCCUCAUUGUUGUGCUAGUUGUGGCUGAUCAGCAUCUUCACACCCCCAUGUACUUCUUCCUGGGGAACUUGUCCGGCUUGGAGACCUGCUACAGCUCAGCCAUCCUGCCCAGGAUGCUGGCCAGUCUCUUGACUGUAAUAAAACUGUCCUGCAGUGACACCAGCCUGAUCUUGGUGUUGGAUUUGCUCCUGGCAUCUCUUUGCACACUCUUCCCAUUUCUGUUAACCUUGUUGUCUUAUGUUUAUAUCAUCGUCACCAUCCUGAGAAUCCCUUCCACUGGCAGCAGACAAAAGGCCUUUUCCACCUGCUCCUCACACCUCAUCGUGGUGACAAUGUUCUACGGGACCAUCAUUAUUGUCUACAUGCUACCGAAAUCCGACACAUUGAGAGACCUGAACAAAACGUUCUCUGUCUUCUAUUCUGUCCUGACCCCGCUGAUCAACCCCCUCAUCUACAGCCUGAGAAAUAAGGAGGUGAAGGAGGCCCUGAGCAGAGUGAUCCAUAAAUGUGUGGCUUUCUCAAGAACUCAGGCAUCCCAAGCAAGUACUUUUAGGCUGAAAAAAAAACAAGAUGACCAGAGCUGA